AUGAAACAAUCCAACCUUAACCUUACUCAUAACGUCAUUUCUGGGUGGCCGGGCGCUUGGCGCUUAAGGUGUUGCCGCAACCUCGCCGUCUGCGACUCUACUUCCACUCAUAUCGUGCCAGAAAUGGCGAAAGCGGACAGAGAACAUAUCAUAUCUACCCUGGCAUCUAGGAUUUUCUCCGCCAUGGUGGACGAGUUCAUCAUGGACGCGGCUCUUCAGUCGCAUAGCGAGGUUGCGCGGAAUAGAUCGAUGUGUAAUGUUUGCCAUACAAGGUGCGUGGUGAGGCAUCGCUUUCUUCAUGCGAGGGCGGGGGCUGAACCUUACCCGACGCGUGUGGUGGUUCAUUCGGUUCCAGAUGCGGGCAGGAACGGUGUUGCAGGCUCGAGCGUAGAGUCUCGUGUGGGAACACCUGUAGGCGAGGGUAAAACGACGGGGGCGGGCGCGAACACGCCGAACAAUGUGAAGGAUGGGAAUGUUUAUCUGGAUUGUGUCAACUGUGGGAGGCAGGGAAUCGGAGGGGAACUACGCGGAGCGCGGCCAAGUCGAAAUGUGGCGUUGAUCAACCUGUGUAGGCAGGCUUCAGACGCUGGCAGAUCGGCGUCCCCAUUCCCCGGAUCCGAAAACGGUAAUAUGUCAGAUGACAGUCGACGAUCGGUUGCUCUCUCACAGACAACUGCGAAAAGCAAGGGGAAGCCUAAGGGCAGGCCGAAAGGGUCGGGGACGGCAGAUUCUGCGGCAAAUCGGAAACGGCCUGCGUCACCUCAACUUUCACCUCCGAAGAAGUCGAAAAAGCAAAAAACGACUGGUUCCGCCGCGACUCGAGUGAAAGCCGAACCCAAAACACCAAUCACCAAUUACCACCUUGCCCCGCCGAUAAACUCCCACUCCAAAGUUCCGUCCCGGCUUCGCGAAUCGUCCACUGCCUCUUUCCUCGAACGCGAGCCCUCACACUCAUCCUCUCCCGAUUCGCGCUCUUCCUCCCCUGGCGCUUUACUUGUCAGUGCUGCCACGCCGUCAUCAGGACACUCCGCACAGAGUCCCGCUGCACGCAAGCGGAACGGGCAAGCAACGAACGGGCUGAGUGGCCUCGGCAACAGCUUAGGAGGGCUGGCUGGAAGCUUGGGUGCUGGGAUGGGUGAGGCGAUGCCCAGGGUGCCGAGUCCGCCUGCGCCGCCGAUCAGGAGGACAGAUACGGAAUAUCUUGUUGACGUCGAAGGUGAUGAGACUGGGUCGUCAACGGACACGGACAGUGAUUAA